AAUUCCAAAACGGAAAAAGAAAGAAAAAAGAUUACUAUAUAACACCAUGUCCGUUCAUUCUUGUUCUAUUCUUGUUUCUUCUUCGACCUACCUCUCUCUAUAUCUCUCCCCCGGCAUCGUUAGAAUGGUGAAGGUUUGGGGUUUAGUAGCCAUAGUGCUUAUAGUUUUGGCCGGAAAUGUCUUGUCUUAUGAUCGGCCGGGAACUCGGAAAAAUAUAGUGAUCCAUCCUACAAACGAAGAUGAUCCUACGUUCCCCGAACAGGUGCAUAUAUCUCUGGUUGGGCCAGAUAAAAUGAGGAUAUCAUGGAUAACAAAAGACCCAAUCAUACCAUUCCCGAGUGUUGUUUAUGGCACAGCCUCCGGAAAAUACGAAGGCUUGGCUAAUGGAACGUCGUCGUCGUACCACUACUUGAUGAUUUACCGAUCCGGCCAAAUUAAUGAAGUGGUUAUAGGUCCAUUAAAGCCCAAUACAGUUUACUAUUACAAAUGUGGACGCCCAGGUUCAACUCAAGAGUUCAGUUUCAGGACCCCUCCCUCUCAAUUCCCCAUCAAAUUCGCCGUGUCCGGUGACCUUGGGACAACUGAUUGGACUAAAUCAACAUUGGAACAUGUAUCGAAAUGGGAUCACGACGUGUUCAUCUUGCCUGGUGAUCUAUCGUACGCUAACAUGUACCAACCAAUAUGGGACACUUUUGGUCGCUUGGUGCAGCCACUUGCGAGCCAAAGACCUUGGAUGGUCACUCAGGGAAACCACGAAGUCGAAAAAAUACCUAUCUUACACCAUGAACCCUUCACUGCCUAUAACCAGAGGUGGCGCAUGCCAUUUGAAGAAAGUGGAUCAACCUCGAAUUUGUACUAUUCCUUCAACGUUUAUGGAGUCCACAUUAUCAUGUUGGGGUCAUACACAGAUUUUGAGCCUGGCUCGGAGCAGUACCAAUGGUUAGAAAGUGAUCUUAAAAAAAUAGACCGUAAGACCACACCGUGGUUGAUGGCUGUGGUGCACGCUCCUUGGUACAACACCAACGAAGCUCACCAAGGAGAGAAAGAGAGUGUGCAGAUGAAAGAAUCUAUGGAAACUCUUCUUUAUAAAGCACGAGUCGAUUUGGUUUUUGCCGGUCACGUUCAUGCUUACGAGCGUUUCAAUCGAGUGUACCAAGAUAAGCUCGACAAAUGUGGUCCAGUUUAUAUUAACAUUGGGGAUGGUGGCAAUCUAGAAGGCCUUGCUACCAAGUAUAGAGAUCCAAAUCCCGAAAUGUCAUUGUUCAGAGAAGCAAGUUUCGGGCAUGGUCAAUUGGUUGUCGAGAAUGCGACUCAUGCACAUUGGGAAUGGCAGAGGAACGACGAUGAUGUGUCCGUCGAAAAGGAUUCGGUCUGGUUAACCAGUUUCUUAGCCAAUCCAUCAUGUCAUAUUUAGACCUUCUCUGGUUCGUGUUAUUGAAUCAUGUUGUUAGGAUAUAUGUGUGCCAGACUAUAUAUGUUAAAUGUCGAUGUAGAAUCGAAUAUGCUAAAUUGCUUAUAUGGUAUUGAGUAUCGACAACAACAAAAAAGAAAAAGAAAAAUUAAUGUAUUUAACGUUAACGUUUAAAAGUUUAGAUGUGCAAUGAUAA